AUGCUCGGAGCCAUACAACAGCCUCUAUACCAGAUUCUAGUACGAGUCGGUACAGCAGCUGUAAUCACGUGCGAGUGUGUCCCCGCUUGGCACGCACACGGUACAUGUCCCACUUCUCCGGACCCCGGGUCUUUUUCGUCGGGCACCGAGCUGUAUGAAGAGAUCGGGAGAGACCUUGAGCCUGGAACUAUGGCUAUUGUGGAGCACCUUCCUAUGCUGUCUCGGGUGAUCUCUGGCCUAGCAUCGCUGUCCGACGAGGAGUCACAAUUCCGUAUGUGGAGUGUCGACGCGACAUACAAAGAAGCAGACAAGUGGUCAGGAUGGGGGAUCCCUGAUGACUCAUUGUUCCAUUGGCUGUUCUGGCGAAGAACUCGCCUUGAUACAGACCCUUACCCGGACUUCUUUGUGGCAGGCAUUCCCAGGGGAACGACUACUGGAGUGCUACGCCAGCUAGUCAUGAGGCUUAAUUCGUCCGUCGUGUGCGACGAGGUGGACCCAAAUGAUUUCCCAUCACCAUGCCCUGGUGAUAAGCCUUUGACUGUGUUCUGGGAAGGUGUGUUUGAGAAGAACGUUCGUAUAUGCGUCCCUGGAAACUACACCGCCUUCCCGUGGACACCUAGUCGUGAUCAUCAGGAUCUGGUUGAGGAGAUAUACAUCAACGUCAACCAUACAAGAAUUGCUCAUCCGUAUCGGCGCCAGGAAGAGCCGCUGUCCACGCUGUCCAAUGCAAGCUAUAGCAUUCGUUGUACAGCAACGACGACAAGGGGCUAUUUUGAACUCGGAAAUUACCACAAUAACAACACGUAUGGGCCACUCCUCGAACAGUGGCCCGACACGAAACAGAUGACGGUGGCCUUCAACAACGGGAAUCAUUGGCGAUAUUUGCGAUGGGGGACGCCUGAUACACUACCUCUAUACGUCGACGAUGCUGACCCGUCGACCUGGAAGGUACCGGGUCCUCUAAUGACAAGUGCGCUUGCGUUAUUCGGAAGAGGCUCAUGGCUAAGUUCGGCUGCCAACUAUGUGUCGAACGCAUCAUCGAAUGUCACCGGCCACAACGGAGACUACAAGGACGCUUCAUGGCACCUGUUCUGCCACGGGAUGCCCUUUCUGAAUCUCGGGUUGCUAUUCGACAAAGCAAACCUGAGCUCGCUCAACGAGGACUUUCACAAGAGGGAAUUGGUCCGCACGAGUGGCUUUGCGAAUGCAUGCGACUUAACUGAUCAGGCCACGCUCAAUGGCGAAGAGGCGCGAGAACGACAUGUUCGGCUCGCUACGCAACAUCUUCUUGCCGCUUUUGCUCCAUCUGAUGUAACUGAAACAUACAUCAACCCGGAAACUAUGCUGACCGCCGCAAUGUUCGUCGCAAAUGAAGCUUUCCUUACAACGCUUCUCUCUGAGGCUAAAGAAGAGCAAGCUCCUCCAGGGGGUCGCAUAAUAUAUACCUCUCCCGGUUUCGCUAUGCAAAAGCCUUUCCUAUCAAGGCUGGCACUCAUAGUACUUUCGUUGUCGAUAGGUCUUCAGUUACUCGGCCUGGGCUAUUUGGCCUAUUACAUAUAUCGCGCUCCGACCUGGUCAGGCCAACUAGACGCCAUGGCUAUGGCUCGGAUUGGAGCAAGUCUACACAGCCGCGGCGUACUUCCAGCCAUCGGUGUAGUGAGCAAAGAAGAUAUCGCUGGUCUCAAGACUGUUGGGGGCUUGAUCGGGGUUAUUGAGAAACCCCCGCGUCGCAAAACUUCGAUGACCAGAUUUGUGUUGCCCGAGCUGGCCCAUGCAGGUGGCUUGGAAGUCCAAUCGCAAUGGCUGGAUCCGGAUGAGCAGGAUCGCGAAUACUCAAUAACCAGAUCUGGGUCGUCCGAACUGGUUGCUAGAGCUGACUCGGACGCCGAGCUGCAGCGGCUAUAUCUGGCUGACGAGGGUCGGGGAAGCUUCCGAGAUAGCUCACGUCGCGAGAGCUCAAUCAACAGAUCUAUGGAAAUACAGCGAAUCAAUUCGGCCGGCGAGCCUUGUGAGAACUCUGAAGAUACCUGUCCAGGUACAACCAAGAGCUCAGACGCCGAGCUCUCACAGCUCACUCCAACCGAAGAGCAUUGCGGAAGCUUCGAAGACCCCAACAUGGACAUUGAGCUUGGAAUAGACGCCCCUGGACCGAUUCUCGCAGCCGAUGUACCGCGCCAAAAUCCACUUGUACCCGGCUUGAAGAGAGUUUGGAAGGCAGUCCAGCCAACAAAACGUCCCCAAAAUGUCAGAUCGAGGAGGUUCUAUGAACCCUUUUCCAGGUCGGCCAACCAAAAUACGGGAUUGCAUACACCGAAUGAGGCAUCUAUUCCGACCUCUUCCAGUCCCUAG